UGGUAAGCCCGUAACAAUAGAAAAGCCUUGGUCCUCCUGGAAGGGUAGUGGGACUCCCUUUCCACCACAAUUUACUCUGAACCUCAAAAAAAAGACGGAACUUCUUUGCUUUAUAAGAUAGGAAACAUCCUAGUGCCUAAAAUUUUACGCGUAUAAUGGUACCCACAAUGAAUUGCGUCGUGAAGGGACAGCCGUUUGUAUGCCGCCGCAUGCCUAGCCGGAACUUUGCAGGAAGUAGGCUUGUUUUGCAAGCUACUAGCGCCGUCUCUACGGCGGCCCGACCUACAGAAGACCUGAGGCCUGCUGAGUAUGCUGUUAUUAGCACGCCAACGGGGCAGCACUUGGUAGAAGAGGGUAAAUGGUUUGCGCUGAGCAGCGAAGGUGCACUGAAGGCCUCGUCAGGCAGUGGUCAGCUACGUUUCCCAGCCCUGGCCGUAAAGCGGGCAGAUGGGGAGUUCGUCAAGGGCAAGCCGUUCCUCUCUGACUGGGUGGUGGAAGCAGAGCUGAUUGACGAGCAGGCCUUCGCCUUGCAGGCCAGCAGCAAUCCAACCGGACCUAGCAAUUUGCUUGGGAAGGUGCUGGUGACGAAGAUUACGCAUACUGAUGAAACGAGACGGCGCAUCGAAGACGCCUUCCGAGCCUAGGGCUUACCUGCGGAUACUCGCGUUUGAUCAUUUAUUGGCUCCCUUGACUGGGGGCGUAACAUAAUUGGGAACGUAACAAAAUUGGGAUGGUGAUGGGCGUCUUCCGCGCUAUUUUUCCUUUUAUAACUGUCGUGACGGGAGAUGUGCGUCAGACUGUCAGACACAGGUGCAUCGACCAGAAUGCCUGACUAUAAAUAGAAUUAGCACGCCAGCUGAAUUCCUUUGGUAUCUAUUCGAUUUUUUGCAGGGAGGGGAGCGAGGGAAGAAUGUUUGCAUUUAGCGGUAGCGAUAGUGGCUUCUCCAUGGCGGAAUAUCAUGUUGGUAUGACGAGCAUCCUGUUAGACUCAGGAGACACAUCUGGGCUUUUCCAAUUUAGAGUGGUCAACCCUUAUUAUAGUGGUGCAGUAUGGAACACGCGUCGGUAGUGGCAAUUGAACUGGAGUGCAGGAGAUUGAACUUUGGGUGGAACGCAUGCAAACUGCUUACUGGCGUUUGCAUCGACCGGACAUCGGGGGUGUUUCCAGUUCCGGAUUCACGUCGCGGAUUAGGGCACGGAAGCCCUUGGUAGGAGCUUACCAGGUAGUUUCGGCCCAUCCAUAUGGGGACCAAAGGUUGUGGAGGCGGGGUAAGUUUGCGCGCAACUUAGGGGAUCAAUGGAGGGCAGAGGGUUAAUCCUCGACGUAGAUCCUAAGUGGAACCUCCCCCCAUAUGGUACUGGAUUCGUGCUGUAUGGCACAAGGCGGUUGUUGCCGCCAGGACCCUGUCGGGCAUAGAAAGUCUAGGCGGAGCUGCCACAGCUGUGCCUCUCAUGGCCAUCGCUCUCGUGCUCUGCGAUUGGUUUCGCUCGGUAACGUUGGUUCCGUAACAAGGACUUGUGGCAUGCCGUAGAGGUC